UCGUUUUGCUAGAAUAACGCUGCCGAUUCCCUAGAUGCGUGCAUGAUUUACUCAAUUUUUUAAUACAAUAACUGCAGAUUUCCAACGCCAAAAUAAUGCUCCCGCUAUCGCUGUUAAAAACCGCGCAAAGUCACCCUAUGUUGGUGGAGCUCAAAAAUGGCGAAACGUACAACGGUCACUUGGUAAGUUGCGACACCUGGAUGAACAUCAAUCUUCGAGAGGUCAUCUGUACAUCAAAGGAUGGAGAUAAAUUUUGGCGAAUGCCCGAGUGUUACAUCCGCGGCAGCACGAUCAAAUAUCUGCGCAUACCGGACGAGGUGAUCGACAUGGUGAAGGAUGACGUGCAGGCCAAGUCGCGGAACCGAACGGAGCUGAACAAGGGCGGCGGUCGCAAUCAGGGUGGCGGAGGUGGCGGCGGCGGGGGCAUGGGACAGCAGGGUGGCCGCGGCGGAGGUGGUGGACGCAAUAAUGCCAACGCCAAUAAUAGAAACACAUUCGGCGGUGGUAAUCGACCCGGCAAUCGGGCCGGGCUUGGCAAUCCCAAUCGGAACGCGCUCAACAAGAACAAGUAAUCGAACGAGUCGUUUUAAGGUGUGAAAAAGAAAAGCUAACCAUUUCGCGUUGAAUGCUGAUCGAAAGAGUGGGAAAAAGUUGAAUAAAAAAAAUGCUUUUGUGCUU